GAACAGUUUUCAUUGUUAGCUGUGUUGAAGAAGUUAAUUCAAUGCAUUAAAUUUUAAUUUUGUUGAUGGUUAAGAACAGAACCGGCUUGUGGUUUUUUUUCAAAUUGAGUUAAUUUUUUAAAAACUUAUUGAAUCAUUCUAAUGUAUUGAAUUUUAAUCUGUAUUCAUUGAACAAGAAAAAGAAUUCUAGAUAUCGUAUUUUUUUACUUAUAGUCAUUCAACAUAUCACUUUUGAUAAUAAUAAUAACAUUCCACAUACAAUAAAUAAUGAAACUGUCGCAAUUGCCGAUGGAGAUACUAAUCUUUCACGUAUUUGUUUUAAAGAAAAGGAAGAAUGUAGACCAUCUGAUUCACAAUUAAAUACAAGCGAGUGA